AUGAUUUCUGCACACUCACUACCAUUCCUUACAACAUUUCACAACGAGGAAGCUGAGAGUUCACUGUUGUCUAUGAACAGACACAUAGAACAGGGAGGUAAACCAGAUGAAGUGAGAUUGGGCAGCACCAGUGGUGGUUUUGUGAGCCAAGAUCCAACCAGUCCAUUCCAGUGGACAGAAGCCACAACAGUGAAUGGAACUGACCAGUUCUGUGAAAAUCAUUUGGUCCUGGAAUUGGUAAACCUCAUCAUUGCCCUUGUUGGGCUGGCAGGAAAUGCAGUUGUGCUCUGGGUCUUAGGAUUCCAAAUGCGUAAGAAUGCCAUUUCAGUCUAUAUCCUGAACCUGGCUGUGGCUGACUUCCUGUUCCUCAUCUGCCUCAUUAUAACUAACAUGCUGUUUGUCAUUGACUUAUCCUACUCAUUCUCUGGCCCUGUGAGUGCCAUCUUAACCAAUGUGGCAACCAUUCCCUACAUUACAGGACUGAGCAUACUUAGUGCCAUUAGCACUGAGCGAUGCCUAUCAGUCUUGUGGCCCAUCUGGUACCACUGUCACCGCCCAAGACAUAUGUCAGUAGUCAUAUGUGCCUUGCUCUGGGCUUUGUCUCUGAUCCUGAACAUUCUAGAAUGGUACUUCUCUGGCUUUCUAGAACUAUUUUAUGAUAGAAAAUGGUGGGAAAAUGUUGAUUUUAUCAUAACUUCAUGGCUAUUUAUUUUAUUGAUUAUUCUCUCUGUGUCCAGCCUGGCCUUAAUAGUCAGGAUGUUCUGCAGUUCUAGGCGGUUGCCACUGACCAGGCUGUAUGUGACGAUCUUGAUAACAAUGAUGGUCUUCCUUAUCUGUGGGCUGCCUUUUGGCAUUUUCUGGUUCCUCCUAUGGUGGCUUCCAAUUUCUUUUUAUCAUAACUCUUGUUAUCUUUUUCCAGUUACACUUUGUCUAUGCUGUGUUAAUAGCUGCGCCAACCCUGUUAUUUACUUCUUCAUUGGAUCCUUUAGGCAACAGCGGCAGCGGCGAACCCUCAAGCUAAUUCUCCAGAGGGCUUUGCAGGACACUCCUGAUGUAAAUGAUUACAGAGGCAGCAAUUCCCAGAGAACCCAGGAGGAAUUAGAAAGCAGAAGGUUAGAGUGA